AUGUUCAUGCGACGUGAUGAAGCCAACACCUGCAAAGGAAAGUCCAAAGAGGCAGAAAGGUCAAAGGGCAUGUUAAAUGUAAUAAUCCCGGGGAAGGUCAAGGAGCAAUGCACGGCAAAGUCCUUAGUCAGUCCUCAGUCAACCUUCAUCAGUCAGUCAAACCUUCAGUCAGUCCUCAGUCACCUUUCAGUCAGUCAACCUCCUCAGUCAACCUUCAGUCAGACCUCAGUCAACCUUCAGUCAGACCUCAGUCAACCUUCAGUCAGACCUCAGUCAACCUUCAGUCAGACCUCAGUCAACCUUCAGUCAGUCCUCAAGUCAACCUUCAGUCAGUCUCAGUCAACCUUCAGCAGUCCUCAGUCAACCUUCCAGUCAGCCUCAGUCAACCUUCAGUCAGCCUCAGUCAACCUCAGUCAACCUCAGUCACCUCAGUCUUCAGUCAGUCAUAGUCAGACCCAGUCAGUCAACCUUCAUCAGUCAGUCAAACCUUCAGUCAGACCUCAGUCAACCUCAGUCAGACCUCAGUCAACUCUCAGUCAGACCUCAGUCAACCUUCAGUCAGUCCUCAGUCAACCUUCAGUCAGCCUCAGUCAACCUUCAGUCAGUCAGUCUUCUCAGUCAACCUUCAGUCAGUCCUCAGUCAACCUCAGUCAGUCUCAGUCAACCUCAGUCAGUCCUCAGUCAACCUUCAGUCAGUUCUCAGUCAACCUUCUCAGCUCAGUCAGUCAGUCAACAGUCAACCUUCAGUCCUCAGUCAACCUUCAGUCAGUCAGUCAACCUCAGUCAACCUCAGUCAAGUUCAGUCAGUCAGUCACCUUCAGUCAACCUCAGUCAACCUUUCAUCAGUCAGUCAACCUUCAGUCAGUCAACCUUCAGUCAGUCUCAGUCAACCUUCAGUCAGUCCUCAGUCAACCUUCAGUCCUCAGUCCUCAGUCAACCUUCAGUCAGACCUCAGUCAUUUCAUCAGUCCUCAGUCAACUCAGUCAGUCAGUCAGUCAGUCAACACUCUCAGUCAACCUCAGUCAGCUCAGUCAACCUUCAGUCAGCUCAGUCAACCUUCAGUCAGUUCUCAGUUCAGUCAGUUCUCAGUCAACCUUCAGUCAGUCAGUCAACUUCAGUGUCAGUCAACCUUCAGUCAGUCAGUCAACCUUCAGUCAGACCUCAGUCCUCAGUCAGUCAACCUUCAGUCCUCAGUUCAGUUCAGUCAGUCCUUCAGUCAGCCGUUCAGUCACCCUCAGUCAACCUUCAGUUCAGUCAGUCAACCUCUCAGUCAGUCCUCAGUUCAGUCAACCUUCAAAGACCGCCAUGGACGCCUUCUACCCGACCGUGGAUUUACGGGCGGGUUAUCGACACGGAGCGAAGGGAGAGCUGGGGAGGUAG